UUAAUCAACUGAUUUAAUUAGUUUAGUAGUAUUAUCGAUUAGAAAAACAAAAUAUAGUUAUGUUCUCGCCAACACUUUGCAAUAGCACCGGUUUAUGUCCCUGUGUAACUGGAAUUCAUAAUCCAAGCCGCCGAGAACAAUACGCCGGAAUCAUGGUACGCAGCCGCGACACCAUCGCAUUGACGGCCGAGCAAUCGUCUCCUGGCACACGCCGGCGCCGCCACAGUGUUGAACAUAGCAGAAAAAGACCAAAGUUUUUGUCUUCAGAAACCGAAACACGCACCCAAAUUCAAACCCUAAAAUCUAAUUUCACCCGCGCCUCCAGCUCCUGUACCAGCCAGCAUACGAAUUCGUAUGGCUGGAAGCAAAACAAGGGCCGCCGGAAGUCGCGCAGGACUCUCUGUCAGCGCAAGUGGACUUAUUCUGCGCGUGAUGCCUCCAAACACAAUGAUAGGGUUGUUAUUGUAUCAUACAACAUACUUGGUGUGGAAAAUGCAACAAAACAUCCGGAGCUGUACAGCAGGGUGUCACCAGAGUAUAUGGAUUGGGAGUAUCGGAAGAAGGUUCUGUGCAAGGAAAUCAGGGGAUAUCAACCUAGUAUCUUGUGUUUUCAGGAAGUCGAUCACUUUGAUGAUUUGAAUAAGCUACUUCAGAAAGAUGGCUUCAGAGGCCUGCACAAGGCUCGUUCUGGUGAUUCACGUGAUGGCUGUGCUAUAUUUUGGAAAUCCGAUCUAUUUACUUUGUUGGAUGAAGAAAAUAUAGAGUUCCAGAGGUUUGGCCUUCGACACAAUGUUGCUCAAUUUUGUGUUUUGAAGAUGAACCAAAACCUGCACAAGGCUGAUGAUACUUCAAGUGCCUCUACCUCUCGUAGUAUAGUGGUCGGAAACAUACAUGUCCUCUACAACCCUAAACGAGGAGAUGUCAAACUUGGUCAGAUGCGGAUGUUUCUUGAGAAAGCCUAUGAAUUAUCCCAAAAAUGGGGAUGUAUACCGGUCGUCGUUACUGGGGACUUUAAUAGUUUACCACAGAGUGCAUUAUAUCAAUAUGUCGCAUCAUCUAAGUUGCAUAUCCAGCAUCAUGAUCCAAGGCAAAUAUCUGGCCAGAUUUAUUCAUCUGGAUACACAAAGUCCUAUUACCUACAUAACCGUAUAGCAAGAUGGACCGAUGAAGAAAAAAGGCUUGCUACUGGAUCAAGAGACAAUAAUCUGAAACAUCCUUUAGUGCUUCGUAGUGCUUAUGCUGGGGUCCCCGGAAGCUCAAAAGUCAGGGGUAAAGCUGGGGAACCACUGGCUACAUCCUACCAUAGCUCAUUUAGCGGAACAGUUGAUUACAUAUGGCAUACAUUAGACCUUGUCCCAGUGAAAGUUCUUGAAGCUUUGCCUACGCCCAGUUUAAAGAUGACAGGAGGUCUUCCGAGUAAGGUAUGUCAUUUUCCAUCGUAUUCGUGCUGUAUUCUAAUUUAUAAGAUGUUCAGUCCUCCCUUCCCUUUGUACGAAGCUAUGUAAGUAUUACUGCUAUCAUUUGCUAAGAAUCUAUGACAAGCUGGAAAUGGCUAGAUUCCUGUUUUAGAUUUUUGCAUAUUUUGAUUAUCAUGCAGGAAUGGGGUAGUGAUCAUCUUGCAAUUGCAUGUGAGCUUGCCUUUGUUGAUGACAGUGAUGAGGCUUGAACGACUUGAUUACACUUUAUUUAUUUCCUUCAAGACCUUCAUUGAUGUAGGUAUUUCUGUAAUUUAUUCUCAGCUCUACAUUCUUUUUCAUUUUCUUUUCUAAUUUCCCCAAUCUUUUCAAGUUUUUUUAUUCUUCGUAUUUUUGUGGUUUUCAAAUUUGAUACGCCUUACACUGAAGAACUUAAUUUUACACCAGAAAGUAGUUAAAUACGAAGCAGCGUACUAGUUCA